AUGGCUCAAUCCCCCGAGUCACCCCAGUUGCGACUGCAGUCGACUCUGGAUUCGAAUCCCGUAAAGCCGCGCGUGCUGCCAAAUAUCAACACGCUCGACGAGCACCUCCAGUCCCUACCGACCCAACCAUCAUCCCAACAGCUGCCCCAGCUGUCACAAUCCUCACGACCCUCAGAGCCCUCAGAGCCCUCACAGCCCUCACAGCCCUCACAACACCACCACCCGCGCUUUUGGACACCACCACCGCCGACACAAUCACAGGCACAGACACAGACACAGGCACAGUCACCACCGCCGUCCCAGACGUCACAGCCUGCCAGUCUGCCAGAGAGCACCAGUGCCGCCACUAGCUCCAGCACCACCAACGGCGGAGGACGCGGCGGUGAGAAGGACGCAGCCGAUGAGAGCUCGGCCGUGAAACAUAGUAACACCUACCAUCACGCGCCGGGAGCCAGCCCUGCCGCUGCCGUUGCCGUCGGUGCAGCAGAGAAUUCGAUGCACCAAGUUCGGGGCAGUCAGUACGAGGCGCGAUACAACGGCGACGCGCCAAUGUUGACCGCGUCCAUGAUGUCCAACUCGCAGCCACUCCCCGGGCCUCCCCGCCAACCCGUCAGCUAUGCCGGCUCGAUGUCCUACCAUCCCGACAGCCUACCGCCGACAUCGCACUACCCGUAUCCGCCGCAGGCCGUUCCGCCUGCCGAUCCUUACCGACCGACGCCAACGUCCCUUCCCAGCAUGCGAACCCUCGAUCACGGACACGGGCACGGGCACGGACACGGACACGGGCAGCCACAGCCGCCACCACAGCACCAGCACCAGCAGCACGGUAUGGCGCUGGGUGGCCACAUGGUAGCCCCAGUGGCCCCGGGCCCGUCAGGCUUGGGAUAUCACUAUGUCCACCCACAUGUUUAUGGUCUUCCCGACCCCUCUGCCGCCGGCAUGCGCUUCGCGAUCGCGCCUGGCCUGGCGGCAGACCCGCGCAUAGCCAUGAGCGGAGGCAGACACAAAAAGGAGAUCAAGCGACGAACGAAAACCGGCUGUUUGACAUGUCGCAAGCGCAGAAUCAAGGUGCGUAGACUCCCUUUUAACAGUUGA